UGGUGACCCUUUCACUCUUCCUUCCACGGACUGAUACAUGUACCGAAUGCUCAUACGGGAAAGUUGACUCCUGGGUCUGGAACGAAGUCUCCGAAAAAUCCUUUCUUUCUCGUCCACUCAGGGGGUGCGGACACACCAGCGCGGAUUACAGGUGACGGUUACAAGAAUGGCGGGGAAGUGAACAGUACCCGACGACAUUCAGGGAUGGAUGUAGACCCAUCGGGCAGGGAUAAUCAUUCCGGUCCUGGGGGAGGUGGCGACCAUUCUCAAGAACUGAGCGGAAGCCUUAUGAGUCACUGAAACGACGGCGGAGGGCCUUGAUCUAUCAAUAGAGGGAGCAAAAAACGGGCUUUGCUCCCCUUUACAAUAUGAAGAAAGAAAUAAGGGUCGAAGUUUAGACCGCUUACAGUAGUUCUACCUAUAGAAAAGAUCAUGAAAGAGGCGAUCAGAAUGGUACUCGAAUCCAUUUAUGAUCCCGAGUUUCCAGACACAUCGCACUUCCGCUCGGGUCGAGGCCGCUACUCGGCCCUAAGACGGAUCAAAGAAGAGUGGGGAACCUCUCGCUGGUUUUUGGAAUUCGACAUCAGGAAGUGUUUUCACACCAUCGACCGACAUCGACUCAUCCCAAUCUUUAAGGAAGAGAUCGACGAUCCCAAGUUCUUUGACUCCAUUCAUAAAGUCUUUUCCGCCGGACGACUCGUAGGAGGUGAGAAGGGCCCUUACUCCGUCCCACACAGUGUACUACUAUCGGCCCUACCAGGCAACAUCUACCUACACAAGCUCGAUCAGGAGAUAGGAAGGAUCCGACAAAAGUACGAAAUUCCGAGAAGAAGAUCGGUUCUAUUAAGGACAGGUCGUAUUGAUGACCAAGAAAACUCUGGAGAAGAAGCAAGCUUCAACGCUCCCCAAGACAACAGAGCCAUCAUUGUGGGGAGGGUCAAGAGCAUUCAACGCAAAGCGGCCUUUCAUUCCCUUGUUUCGUCGUGGCACACCCCCCCCACAAGCACCCCCCGGCGAAGGGGGGACCAGAAAACGCCUUUCGUUUUCCCCCCUUCGUCGGCCCUUGCC